AUAAAUAGAGAUCCAGUCCUCAACCCUCUUUUCCUAUGUACUCCCACUCUUCCUUCAUCUUCUCACUUCUCAGAUUCUAAAACUCUCAGUCAUUUCCUAUUUUGUUUCCCAAUUGAUAGAUUUCUUGAUAUAUAUAUAUAUAUCUUUGAAACUUUCCAUAUCCAUACAAUAACAACUUUCUCUACUCUCUCUCUCUCUCUCUUUUCUUCUCAGAAUAACCUCAAACCCAAGCCCAAAGCUGUUUCUGAUAGCUCCCUUCUAUGGCGAGUGAGAUUGGAAGUAUCAGAUAUGAAGAGGAAUUCAUAUUGAAUUCUCGAGGAAUGAAGCUUUUCACGUGCAGAUGGCUACCUACAAACUGUGAGCCAAAAGCUUUGAUCUUUCUGUGCCAUGGAUACGCCAUGGAGUGUAGCAUCUCCAUGAAAGGCGCGGCAACUCGGCUUGCUAAGGCAGGAUUUGCAGUCUAUGGGAUUGAUUAUGAAGGCCAUGGAAAAUCAGCUGGACUUCAGGAAAGGAAGGAGAACAAGAGAAAGAUGAGAAUUUUGCUGGGAGAAUCAAUGGGAGGAGCUAUGGUUCUUCUCUUACACAGGAAGAAGCCUGUCUAUUGGGAUGGUGGGGUCUUGGUUGCACCAAUGUGUAAGAUUGCAGAUGAUAUGAAGCCACAUCCAAUGGUCAUCAGUGUUUUCACAAAGCUUUGCCAUAUCAUCCCAACUUGGAAAAUUAUUCCAACUCCAGAUGUCAUUGAUGCUGCCUUUAGAGAUCCUGAAAUAAGAAAGGAGAUCCGGUCCAACCCAUAUUGCUACAAAGGACGGCCGCGAUUGCAAACUGGCUACCAACUGGUAAAAGUCAGCUUAGAUCUAGAGGAAAGACUUCAAGAGGUCUCAUUACCAUUUCUGAUAGUCCAUGGAGGAGAUGAUAAAGUGACUGAUCCAUCGGUUAGCAAACUCCUGUAUGAAACAGCUUCCAGCUCCGACAAGACCUUUGAGUUGUACAAGGGCAUGUGGCAUUCUCUCUCCUACGGCGAGUUACCUGAAAACAUUGACAUUGUGUUUUCAGACAUUAUCAAUUGGUUAGAUCAGAGAGUUGCCUUAGGUCUCCGGUGCAUGGAGGUCUUUACAAUGUGUGUACGCGAAUGA